UCCGGGCCGCCCGGGCCGCCGGGAGCGGACGAGGGCCACAGCUCCCCACCCGCCAGGAAGCCCAGGUGCUCGGCGUCUGAACGUCUCAAAGGGCCACAGCGACAAUGACAGCUGACAAGGAGAAGAAAAGGAGUAGCUCGGAGAGGAGGAAGGAGAAGUCCCGGGAUGCCGCACGGUGCCGGCGGAGCAAGGAGACGGAGGUGUUCUACGAGCUGGCCCAUGAGCUGCCUCUGCCCCACAGCGUGAGCUCCCAUCUGGACAAGGCCUCCAUCAUGCGACUGGCGAUCAGCUUCCUGCGAACACACAAGCUCCUCUCCUCAGUUUGCUCUGAAAAUGAGUCUGAAGCUGAAGCUGACCAGCAGAUGGACAACUUGUACCUGAAAGCCUUGGAGGGUUUCAUUGCCGUGGUGACCCAAGAUGGCGACAUGAUCUUUCUGUCAGAAAACAUCAGCAAGUUCAUGGGACUUACACAGGUGGAGCUAACAGGACAUAGUAUCUUUGACUUCACUCAUCCCUGCGACCACGAGGAGAUUCGUGAGAACCUGAGUCUCAAAAAUGGCUCUGGUUUUGGGAAAAAAAGCAAAGACAUGUCCACAGAGCGGGACUUCUUCAUGAGGAUGAAGUGCACGGUCACCAACAGAGGCCGUACUGUCAACCUCAAGUCAGCCACCUGGAAGGUCUUGCACUGCACGGGCCAAGUGAAAGUCUACAACAACUGCCCUCCUCACAAUAGUCUGUGUGGCUACAAGGAGCCCCUGCUGUCCUGCCUCAUCAUCAUGUGUGAACCGAUCCAGCACCCAUCCCACAUGGACAUUCCCCUGGACAGCAAGACCUUCCUGAGCCGCCACAGCAUGGACAUGAAGUUCACCUACUGUGAUGACAGAAUCACAGAACUGAUUGGUUACCACCCUGAGGAGCUGCUUGGCCGCUCAGCCUAUGAAUUCUACCAUGCGCUAGACUCCGAGAACAUGACCAAGAGUCACCAGAACUUGUGCACCAAGGGCCAGGUGGUAAGUGGCCAGUACCGGAUGCUCGCAAAGCAUGGGGGCUACGUGUGGCUGGAAACCCAGGGGACAGUCAUCUACAACCCUCGCAACCUGCAGCCCCAGUGCAUCAUGUGUGUCAACUACGUUCUGAGUGAGAUUGAGAAGAAUGACGUGGUGUUCUCCAUGGACCAGACAGAAUCCCUGUUCAAGCCCCACCUGAUGGCCAUGAACAGCAUCUUUGAUAGCAGUGGCAAGGGGGCUGUGUCUGAGAAGAGUAACUUCCUAUUCACCAAGCUAAAGGAGGAGCCUGAGGAGCUGGCCCAGCUGGCUCCCACCCCAGGAGACGCCAUCAUCUCUCUGGAUUUCGGGAAUCAGAACUUCGAGGAGUCCUCAGCCUAUGGCAAGGCCAUCUUGCCCCCGAGCCAGCCGUGGGCCACAGAGUUGAGGAGCCACAGCACCCAGAGCGAGGCUGGGAGCCUGCCUGCCUUCACCGUGCCCCAGGCAGCCGCCCCGGGCAGCACCACCCCCAGUGCCACCAGCAGCAGCAGCUGCUCCACGCCCAAUAGCCCUGAAGACUAUUAUACAUCUUUGGAUAACGACCUGAAGAUUGAAGUGAUUGAGAAGCUCUUCGCCAUGGACACAGAGGCCAAGGACCAAUGCAGUACCCAGACGGAUUUCAAUGAGCUGGACUUGGAGACACUGGCACCCUAUAUUCCCAUGGACGGGGAAGACUUCCAGCUGAGCCCCAUCUGCCCCGAGGAGCGGCUCUUGGCGGAGAACCCACAGUCCACCCCCCAGCACUGCUUCAGUGCCAUGACAAACAUCUUCCAGCCACUGGCCCCUGUAGCCCCGCACAGUCCCUUCCUCCUGGACAAGUUUCAGCAGCAGCUGGAGAGCAAGAAGACAGAGCCCGAGCACCGGCCCAUGUCCUCCAUCUUCUUUGAUGCCGGAAGCAAAGCAUCCCUGCCACCAUGCUGUGGCCAGGCCAGCACCCCUCUCUCUUCCAUGGGGGGCAGAUCCAAUACCCAGUGGCCCCCAGAUCCACCAUUACAUUUUGGGCCCACAAAGUGGGCCGUCGGGGAUCAGCGCACAGAGUUCUUGGGAGCGGCACCAUUGGGGCCCCCUGUCUCCCCGCCCCAUGUCUCCACAUUCAAGACAAGGUCUGCAAAGGGUUUUGGGGCUCGAGGCCCAGACGUGCUGAGCCCGGCCAUGGUAGCCCUCUCCAACAAGCUGAAGCUGAAGCGACAGCUGGAGUAUGAAGAGCAAGCCUUCCAGGACCUGAGUGGGGGGGACCCACCUGGUGGCAGCACUUCACAUUUGAUGUGGAAACGGAUGAAGAACCUCAGGGGUGGGAGCUGCCCUUUGAUGCCGGACAAGCCACUGAGCGCAAAUGUCCCCAAUGGUAAGUUCACCCAAAAUCCUGUGAGGGGCCUGGGCCAUCCCCUGAGACAUCUGCCGCUGCCACAGCCUCCAUCUGCCGUCAGUCCCGGGGAGAACAGCAAGAGCAGGUUCCCCGCACAGUGCUAUGCCACACAGUACCAGGACUACAGCCUGUCGUCAGCCCACAAGGUGUCAGGCAUGGCAAGCCGGCUGCUCGGGCCCUCGUUUGAGUCCUACCUGCUGCCUGAACUGACCAGAUAUGACUGUGAGGUGAACGUGCCCGUGCUGGGAAGCUCCACGCUCCUGCAAGGAGGGGACCUCCUCAGAGCCCUGGACCAGGCCACCUGAGCCAGGCCUUCCACCUGGGCAGCACCUCUGCCGACACCGUCCCACCAGCUUCACUCUCUCCAUCUGUUUUUGUAACUAGGUAUUUCUAACACCAGCACACUAUUUACAAGAUGGACUUACCUGGCAGACUUGCCCAGGUCACCACGCAGUGGCCUUUUUCUGAGAUGCUCACUUUAUUAUCCCUAUUUUUAAAGUACACAAUUGUUUUACCUGUUCUGAAAUGUUCUUAAGUUUUGUAAGAUUUUUUUUCCUCCCCACCUUCAAUUACUUCUAAUUUAUAUUAUCUAUAGGUUUCUCUCCCUUUCUCUUCUUCUCACACACAACUGUCCACACUAACAAGUUUGGUGCAUGUCUGUUCUCCUGUAGGGAGAGCGUUAGCUUCAUUUUACUAAAAAGAUUCCUCGUUACUGUUGUUGCCAAAGAGAAACAAAAAUGAUGUUGCUUUCCCAGCUUGUGGCUUCUCCCUCGCAGAGCGCCCUUCUCCUUUCUUUUUUAAAACUAAUCACCAUAUUGUAAAUUUCAGGUUUUUUUGGUUUAAGCUGACUCUGCUCUGAUUUUGGAAAAAAAGAAAUGUGAAGGGUCAACUCCAACGUAUGUGGUUAUCUGUGAAGGUUGCACAGCGUGGCUUUUCCUAAACUGGUGUUUUUCCCCCGCAUUCGGUGGAUUUUUUAUUAUUAUUCAAAAACAUAACUGAGUUUUUUUAAAAGAGAAAAUUUAUAUCUGGGUUAAGUGUUUAUCAUAUAUAUGGGUACUUCGUAAUAUCUAAAACCUUAGAAACGGAAAUGGAAUCCUGCUCACAAAAUCACUUUAAGAUCUUUUCAAAGCUGUUAAUUUUUCUUGGUGUUGUGGACACUGCAGACUUGUCCAGUGCUCCCACGGCCUGUACGGACACUGUGGAAGGCCUCCCUCUGUCGGCUUUUUGCCAUCUGUGAUAUGCCAUAGGUGUGACAAUCCGAGCAGUGGAGUCAUUCAGUGGGAGCACUGCGCGCUAUCCCCUCAUGUUCUCUAUGUACUAUGUAUGUAUGUAUUAUUAUUGCUGCCAAGAGGGUCUGAUGGCACGUUGUGGGGUCGGGGGGUGGGGCGGGGAAGUGCUCUAACUUUUCUUAAGGUUUUGUUGCUAGCCCUUCAAGUGCACUGAGCUAUGUGACUCGGAUGGUCUUUCACACGGCACAUUUAGACAUUUCCAGAACUACCAUGAGAUGGUUUAGAUGGGAAUUCAUGCAAAUGAGGGGUCAGAAAUGGUAUAGUGACCCGGUCCACGUCCUCCAAGCUCACGACCUUGGAGCCCCGUGGAGCUGGACUGAGGAGGAGGCUGCACAGCGGGAGAGCAGCUGGUCCAGACCAGCCUUGCAGCCCCCCUGAGCUGGCAGCCAGAUGGCCCUGCAAGGCCUCCAGGGAUGGCCCCGAGCUGCAGGCCCUGGCUGAGGUCUCUGGGUCGGGCAGUGACAGGUAUAGGUAGGAAGCACUGAAAAUAGCGUUCCCAGAGCACAUUGCAACUCACUGGGUAAGAGGGACGACACCUCUGGUUUUUCAAUACCAAUUACAUGGAACUUUUCUGUAAUGGGUACAACGAAGAAGUUUCUAAAAACCCACACAAAGCACAUUAGGCCAACUAUUUAGUAAGCCCGGAUGGACUUAUUGCCAGAAACAAAAAGUAGCUUUCAAAAGAAAUUUAAGUUAUAUGAGAAAUUCCUUAGUCAUGGUGUUGUCUAAAUCAUAUUUUAGCUGCAGAGCGUUACCCCACACAGGGUGGCAGAACUUGAAGGGUUACUGACAUGUAAAUGCUGGUAUUUGAUUUCCUGUGUGUGUUGCCCUGGCAUUAAGGGCAUUUUACCCUUGCAGUUUUACUAAAACACUGAAAAAUAUUCCAAGCUUCAUAUUAACCCUACCUGUCAACGUAACGAUUUCAUGAACAUUAUUAUAUUGUCGAAUUCCUACUGACAACAUUAUAACUGUAUGGGAGCUUAACUUUAUAAGGAAAUGUAUUUUGACACUGGUAUCUUAUUAAAGUAUUCUGAUCCUAC